CUGCUGCACACCUUUAAUCUCAGCUAUAAACCAUCAAGUUGCGCGAUCAGUAGUUAAUGCCUCGCUGGGUGGACGGACUGAACUGAACAUGCACUGUGUCGGUAUCACAACGUUCACGAACGAAGAACCAACUCCGAAAGCUCAGUCGGGGGUCGGACUUCGCGUGCGACGCAUCAUCCGACGUUGAUCCUCCCCAAUGGAUAACCGUCGGAUGUCUUUUCGUCGUCGUCGUCAUAUUAGUGAGCACGUGUGUGCAAAAAAUUUUUUCUGCAAAAAAAAAAUGUGUUUAAAAUUUUUAAAAUUAAAAACAAGUUCUCAAAUUGUUAGAAAAUAAUUUUACCCCAUCAGAUAAUAUAGUAACAGAUUUUACUAUAUUUAUAAACAAAAAAAAAGUUAUCUCGUUAAUUCACUAAUUAUAGACAAACUAUCUAUUCUACUGUGAAUCUAAAUUCUUCCAAAUUGUUAGAUAAUUAUCUCAACUAUAUGAUAUGAAGUUAAGGAAAUAUUUUUUAAGAUUUAUUAUCAAAUAUCUGUGUUUAGGCAGAUGUCCGAUUUUUUUUGUUGUGAUUUAUUGUUCAUAACAAGAAGUGUUAGCACAGUGAGUACAGAAUUUUCGAGUGUAAACGACAAGCUAGAAAAAGGGAUGAAAAAAAGUGGUGUGUGCUAAAUUGGAAAGAAGAGAGUGUGUUGUUGGUGCACGAAAAUUGUUUGAUUUGUUUUGCAAAAAAUCAAUUGGUAAAUUCUAUUUGUAGAACCGAGAAGAGUCAGUCGUUUAUUAAACAAUUCUGCACCAACAAAAAAAAAAGGAUUGAAUUUCAAGACUAUAGAGACAAGUGAUGAUAAAAAUUGAACAAAUUUCAGGUGAAUGUUGUUUCGUCGGGUUUUGGUGAUAGUGAUAGUAAAGUCGAGAAACGGUGGAGGUACUCGAUUUGAAAUCAUAAAUGUGCGAGAGGAAGAGUCUACAAUGGUGGCUUUGCUCCCGCAACAAGUUCUGCUACUACUCAUACUCGUUGCUGGAUCGUCCACUAGGACAUCUCUUGCCAAUGAAGAAUCAAAAUGGAUACUUUCUGAAAUUCGGAGAAGCAGUAGAUCUUCGAAAGUGGUAUCCACUAUUCUACCUACAGGAGAUUCAGUGGACCCGAGAAGUAAAGGAAGCGCCAAGAUGGACGACUUUGAAUCAAGUACCGAGAACGAUUUGACUGACAGUUCUAGUCUAGACACUCGAUUGGAUUUGGGAUUUCCAAUGGUCACUGCAUCAACUGAGGAUAGAGAGCCUUGGCAUCAAACAGUGUCAGAAGGGAAUAAAGGUGACAGGAACUUACUAGUCACUGAUGUUAAAGUCCACGGGAUUUUCCGCUUGUCUUCAACGCCAUCCAAUUCUUUUGGCAAAAAAGAAACUGAAAGCUUUUCAGUAAAUCCAUCCACUCUUCAAAUUUCAUCAGAAUUGCCAUCGAAUGAAAUAAAUUCUCUCAAUUCUUCAAUAAUUCCUGACUUAAAGUCUGUUUCUUCGACAUUACAACCAAAAGUGUCCUUUGAUCAUUGGAUAAGUCGAUAUCUACCUACAACUUCUGUACAUUCAACUGAGAUUGGUUUUCCUCGUCGACAUAUGAGGGAAACAGACACAAAUCAAGAGUGUUCAAAAUUUGUCGAUGACGGCGAUAAACAGGAAUUCUUUAGUCCCGGCUAUCCUGGGAAAUAUCCUGGAAAAAUUAAAUGCGUUCGUGUAAUUCAAGCUCCUCCAGGGAUGCUAAUCAAGUUGGACUUUCGGGAUUAUUUUGAAAUUGAAAGAUCUGAUGACUGCAAGCAUGAUUAUUUAGAAGUACGUGAUGGUCAACAUGGUUAUUCAAAUCGUUUGGGAAAAUUUUGUGGAAAGAAAUUCCCAGAAGAAAUAACAUCCAAGACGAGAUAUCUAUGGCUUAGUUUUGUCAGCGACGAGUCUAUUGAAUAUCGAGGUUUUCGUGCAAUUUGGACAACAGUUCCUCGACCGACUGAUGGAGUACCACGUGAACCGGAACCAUGCACACGAAACGUAACGGAAAUGUUGGAAUAUGAGAUCACUAGUCAAGAUGUCGAGGAUCGUAAAAAGGCUGCGCAGAAGGAUGGGCUACCUCUAGAUUGUAUUUGGGAGAUUGUGGUGAAGAAGGGAAUGAGGAUACAAAUGUCAUUUCCGGGUUUUGAUUUGAACAAACCAAAUGAAUGUGAUGCUAAUUACGUGGACAUAUUCGAGGAUCAUCCGGACAUUCCAUCGAGAUUGAGGAAUUUCUGUGGGAGUAUUGCUGACCUAGUAACAACAAAGAACAAUGUAGCUUAUGUUCAUUUUUACACCGAACCUAAAGCAAUAAAUAGUUCCUUUAGAGCGAUUAUGACAGCAGUUCGAGAUAAAGGAACUGGAGGUUGCAAUGACGAUGAAUUUGAUUGCGAGGAUGGAUGCAUUGACCUCAAAUUGAAGUGCAAUAAUAGAAUCAAUUGCCGCUUUGGGUACGACGAGGAAGUGGACCUUUGUAAACCAGGAGCUGAAUCAUUGAUUGAAUCUGAGCACAUCAUCAUCAUUCUCGUUGUUUUCUCUCUAAUUGUAUUUGGCCUUUGCUUCACAUUUGUUUUCAAUUGUGUCCGAAAACUUGUACGAGAUCAUCGUAUUAUAAGGGAACACAUAAGACAAUCGCGCGAGAAUCGUCUGGAUGAGAUCGGUCGUCAAACAACGCCUUGUCCUGUUUCUGCAACCAGGACAGAAAUUGGUGACAUUGAAAGUGAAUCGCCUAGCAUUGAGGGUGUAACGACUAAAGAACUUUUAACCCCUUCGAGUAUUAUUGCUCAUGAUUACACAAAGGAAUUAGUUAUGGAGAUGCACUACGACGCUAAAAAUAGGAACGACAUCAAUGAAAUUAAUGACUACAAUGAUAUUCAUCAGAGUAAUAAUGUCAGCAAUGCCACACAAGAACGUCUCCAGGAAUCUAGUGAGGAACCAGAGACCAGAGAUAACGCUUGUCAGACAAGAGAAAGUCUUUUUGAAUACAGAACACCUGACACUUACAUCAAACCAUCUUUCACGACUUUUGGUUUUCGAGCACCGUCAUCCCAGAAUGGGAGUACUAAUCAACACAUUUAUCAUCAAUCCAGUCCGGUUAAGAGUAUUUCCAGUAAGCAGAGUUCCCUCCGUUCUCAACCAUCCCACAAAUGUACGGGUUGCAGUCCAGCGUCCAGAGGUAGAGAAGAGAGUGUCACAUCAUGUCCCCGGCACUCUGUUGUCCCAGCCCCUCCAGGUUGGUCCCAUUAUGAUCAUCACCCCCCAGUAAUUUCCGAUUCCCAAUAUCCCGAUCCUCUUGAUUUCACCUAUCAAAGGUAUCCAAGUCCCAAGUUCAGCAGAGACCCUUCCCUAAGUCAGUCUCCUAAACGACAUCAUAUAGCUGGGUCAGGAGAGAGAUAUGGAUCCAUCCUAGGCUCAACGCACGGUUCCAUUGUGGGUCCUGCACCCGGGUCCAUCACCCAUUCAGGACACGGGUCCAGUAAUACAAAUAGUUCCAAUAAUUCUGGAACGCCAAAACUAAUCGGUGAAUCUCGUUAUAAGGCCGAGGCGGUUAUCGAGGUUGACCAGAAGAGGCCUUUUAGUAUAGAAAGUACGAAAAGUGCGCCUGACGUGAUUGCCACACACUGACGACAGGCAGGUGGGGAUUGGGAGCCGUACAAAAGACGCCAUCCCCGUCAAAUUGCUGGUGAAAGUUUAAUUAAACAAAGAACAAUUAGUGUCGCCACUCAGAGUUCACUUGAUGAAGAUGCCACAACAACGUCGACAAUUGAAAUCUCCUCUUCUUGAUCCACAUCAGCUGACCGCCCGGAACUUGUCCCAGAGGUGGUCAAAGAGGGCCCAAUAGUUUUACAACCUGCUGGUCUUCUAAAGAUUCCAGAGGAAUUUCUACAAAUUCUAGAGCCACCUAAAGAGUUUCGAGUUCCUAAUUUUGAUUGUAAACUUCCGUUUACAUUCUGCUGUCACCAUUGCACUUGUUCUAAACAUGUUGAGCUUGAUAGGAAACCAGUGUUGCCUUCUGGAAAUACAAUUUGCUCUUCUAAAGACAAAUUUUAUGGAACUUGGCCUAAUCGGAGUGUGAGAGGAUUUAGAAGACCCUCCUUUGGAAGACAAAAGUCUGUUGGAGGUUUAGAAGGUGUACGACAUAAAAGGAUACGAUUUAAAUCUGUUGGCUGUAGAAAAUCAUUAGAAAAUGAAGUUGGAGCUUCUAUACCUUUCUAAAAGGUUUUUAUUUUUACCAUCCACUUUUUUAAUUAUCUUUUUAGAUACUUCUUUUCGAUGUUCAUUAUGAUACAAAAAUCAUCAAGACGUUGUACAAAAAAGUUGUACUCUUGUAAGAAAUUUAAACUUUUGCUAGACAAGUUUACAACAAUCAUACAGGGAAAAAAGUAAAGUUUUCAAAAAACAAAAAUCUGUAGAAAUAAGUCUUGAUUUUUUUUCACAUUUUUUAGUUACCAUGUUUUCAAAUAAAUCUUAAAUUAAUAUUUAUAGAACGGCUUCGACAUUUUUCUUUAAUUGACAAAAUACUUUUCUAUGAAACUUUAACAUAAAUACUUGUAAAUUCGUAUUGCUCAAAAUUAUUUCUAAAAAUAAGAAAUUUAGAAUUUCUGAAAGUUUCUUGUCUCAAAUUGAGGCAGUUAGAAGUUAGUAAAACUGAUUCAAAGAAUAAAUUGUAAUAGGUCCUUUUACUUCUUUACCAAUGGACCAUUUAAAUGAAGACAAUCGCUGCCUUCUAGAUAAUCACUUACAAAAAUAGACCAAUUUUCUUUUUGGGUAAAAUUUUUUAGAAUUCUUUGAAAAGGGCUCUUUUACAUUUAUAUAAUUUUAUAUAGCCAACAAUUUAUAACAGAUGUCCUAAAAAUAGAAAAUUUUCAUUUGGAAUUUUUUGAAAAAGGAACUUUAUAAUCAAAUUCAGAGAAGAGUAGAACAGAAUUAUCAAAAUAAUUUCUAAGGUGGCCUAUGAAACUGUUUAUUCGACAACUAUAAAAAUAGGCUUUCUAUUGAAUUCAAACAAUUUUUCUUGUAUAAAUUUGUAAAAUUAAAAAAGAGUUUUUAAAUAUUUUUUAGAUUUAUAAAUGUAAAAACUGAUAGAAAUGUGUUUGAGAAAUUCUUUUUAAUGAGGAAGCGGAAAACUAACAGAAAAAAGGCGAACGUUUAAGAAAAUUGAAUUUUCUUAAAAGCAAUCAAAAGAGAUUUUCUUCAUAAUAAAAUAACUUAUUAUUGACAAUACAAAAUAUUUUAUUCCAGUGUGUAUAGAAACAUAUCUGCCAGAAGACGAUAUACACAAAAUAUUCCAUACAGCACAUGAUGUUUUCUACAUAUUUCUUUACAAAAUUGAAAAUAUAAUAUAUGUUGGUGGCACAUUUAUCGUCUGCUCAAAAUCUGUUACGAGAAUAAAAAUAAUUUGUUUUUUUUUAUUUUGACACUACUGACAAAAACAUUUUUUAAGGAAAAAAAUAUCAGUUAUGCAAUGAUUAGAAUCUUUAUAUAAAACUUUUAUAGAAGUAAAGAUAAUUUAAUUUUAUAGCAAAGUAUACAUUGUACAGUACAGCCAUUGUAGUCGUGUACAGCUGGCAGGCAGAGAGAGACUGACGACUGCGCACGAAUCUCGCGUCGCUUGCCUUCCCCCACCACUCAUUCUCUUUCCCCCACUUCUCGCUCUCUUCGCGCUCUUUAUAAACUCGCACGCUCCGUAUUUUCAAUCAGUUCGUCUAUCGACUUGGCUCGAGGUGCACUUCCCACUAACAGGAAGUAAGCUUAACCUUGAAUUAUUAAUAUAAUAUAAUAAAUUAAUAAAAAUAAAAUAUUAUUUAAUAUUAAAUUAAUUUAGCCAAUGGUGAGUAAAACUUUGCAAUAUAAAAAUGUUUCAAUAAAAUGUAAAAUUUUUAUCACUUGUGUCAAAAACAAAAGUAAGCAAAUUUUUCUAAUUGCACCAAACUUCCAUUGAAAUCAUAUUUAUUUAUUAAGGAAACAUCAUGUGCCCAGUGGAACUGUAUAUUGUUUUCAAAAUAAUUUUUAAGUCAUUCAAAGAAGAACUUAUGUUUUUAAAUUAUAAAAAUGAUCAUCAAAAAAGAAUACAAUUAUAAACAAAAUGUUCACAUGCUUUAAUUAAGAUUACAUAAGUUUUUGAACCAAUAAAACAUAAUUCUUUGAUUGAAAUUAUAAAAAAAUGAGCUACUAAUCAACAUGCAUUUUUGUAUAGGUUAAAUUAUAAAUUAUUUUUUGAUUGUACAUCAAUAUUAUUAUGAGUGUAUUGUAUAUUGUAAAUAUUUGUAUAUAAUUGGGAAGUACCAAGAGAAAAGAGAUUAUUACGAUAGACGGAAACGCCGUUUCUUUGCAGACGGAAAUUAAAAAAAAAAUUCUUAUACAAACUAGUCAUCUAAGGAAAUCAUUUUCAGUGAUUUAUUAUACAAGAGAUGUUUUAUUGAAAGAAAGAAUAUAAGUGUAAAUGAUAAAUCAUAUAUGCGUCUGUUUUCAUUUUUAAAAGUAUAAAUCUAAUUAUAUUUCCAUAUCUCUACAAACUUUGAAUGUACUAAAUCAUUAGGUUUUUCAAAGUUUAUACAAAAAAGGAAUGAAAUGAUUCAUUAUACUUGGUUCAAUGCCCCGUUUAAUUGAAUUUAUUUCAUGUUUGUAAAUUUUUAAUCGAUGUUAAAUUUUUGAUUUAAUUUUUGCACCUUUAAAAAAACUGUUAUUAAUACGAAUUGAAAAAAUAUCAAAUACGAUAAAUUAUUUCUUUUUAAAAUGUAAAAAAUACAAAUUUUAAUUCUUUUAAAAAAUUGAGUGCUUUGAUUUUUUUAGGAGAAUGUGUCGUACGAUUAUUAUUUAAUGUGAAUAAUUUAAUUGUGCUAUAUUAACAUAAAUUUUCGUCCCAUUAAUGUAUAGAGUGUACACAUUUGUAUGUAAAUAAUGUGAAGGUGAUGAAUUAAA